AUGUUUGCCGCAACAGGAGACCGUGUGACUCUGCCCUGCCCUGUGGCCCGUGGCUCUGGCUGCACCUCUGUGUCCUGGAACAGAGCUGACCCCUUCUUUGCACUGAUCAAACCGGGACAAGUGAUGGAUCCUAAUGUGACAGAUCCUAAUGUGACUCUGCUCUCAGACUGCUCUCUGCUCAUCAAGCACAUGGACCACAGUUACCCCGCAGUUUAUAUUUGUCAAAACGGCGAAAAGACCUGGAACGUGGAGCUUCAGUUCCUCAACAUUACUAAAAACCAGGAGAACCCUGUUGAGCUGCAAUGCUACAUCAACAAUCACCGCGGACUGUCAUUGUGCACCGAGCCUGGACUCAGGGUCAUGUGGGUCGCAGAGGACAACAGUCCACUCCGAGGACAGCGCUUUCAGAUCGACAACGUCUCCAACUGUUUCUUCAAACUGCACUUCAGGCAGAAGCAGACGGACCACCUCAGACGGUGGAGGUGCCAGGUGCAGGUGAACGGCUCUGUUAAAGCCACAGCCUCGUACCUCACUACAGCCGCAGUCAUUGCUCAGAUGGACGCAGAAAGACACAAUGCCACGCUGAGCUGUGUGCUGACCUGUGCCUGUGACCCCUGUGACAGCGACUUCAACCUCACCUGGUCUGAAGCUGACAAUACAUUCAUAAACAGUGAUUUAAUUGUUAGAAACAGAAGUCUUCUCAUCAAAUUCUGGAUCCCAGUGGCUUCUCUGGGCCGCGGGGAUGUCGUGUGCUCAGCGCUGAGAGAAGGUGUUCCGGUGGUGACAAAGAAGUGGAGUUAUAACAAAAGCAGCCCUCUGAGGGCCCUUGCUUGGAUUGCGGUCCCCAUUGUCAUAUUGUGCUGUGUCUCUGUGGUGUAUUACAGAAAGAGGAGGCACAAGGAUUCAGAUACUCUACAAGCAGAUAUCAACUUGACACAUGUUUAUGAAGAUUUGAACGACUAUGAGCCCAAGUGUAAGAAAGAAGCCGUGACGUCCAACGACAGUUUCUACAAUCUGCUCCAGGCUGUUAACUAG